UCGGCUGGAUCACGCAUCACUCUCACUCGCCCAGCGUUCAGUGAACACACUUUGAGGAAUUGCUAUGGCAACUGGUUGCUAUGGGUGAUAUGACACCACCACACACUCAUCUGGUAGGGGGGAGAGGGAGUUGCACAACAAAAGCCAGGAAUACAAGCAAGGAACAGAAGCUAUUAUUUUGAUUUCUGAAUUAACUAAGGGACUGUGUUAAAAAGUUGAGAAAACGUAUGGUUUCAGGCAGGGAGUCAUAAUGGAUGCCAAGACUUUCUCCGUUUAUUUUUGGCUUCCAUCAGCUUGCUUCUGACGGAUCUAUUUUAGCUGCUCGUCCACAACAGGAAACUUGUUGAAUCUGAGGCUCGACGUGAUGGCUACAUGCCACUGAGGCCGUAGUGAGGGAGGCUUGUGGGUUGUAGAGUGCAUUGACAAGCCGAGGAUGGCGGAGCACCUCCACAGCAGCACACUGUCUGCGUCUGGGGCCAAUCAGCCCAUCCCUUUUCUCACCCUUGAGCAAAAGGCAGCCUUCGUCUUUGUGCUGCUCCUCUUCAUUUUCCUGGGCCUGCUGAUUGUGCGCUGUUUCCGCAUUCUGCUGGACCCCUACAGCAGUAUGCCUUCUUCCACAUGGACAGACUAUAUGGAGAAAGACACAUUUGACUACCGCAUCGCCUGAGGGACUUCCUGAGCUUGGCUGGUCAUGGCGCCACAUGAUGGCUACCUCACGGUCUCCACCACAGAGUCAAAUAACACCUCUAUGCUGGUGGUGUACAUAUGGUGGCAUGAUGUCUCAUUUUUGAAAAAAACAAAACACAUGUUCUACUAUACAUUUCUUCCAUUUAUACUUAUGGGAUAAUUUACUGCCAGCACAAUACCUCACAUAUUUCACCACAGCUGAUGUCACAUCCAGGUUUCCUGAAAAUUAUUAGCGAUGACACACCCAGAGCUAAAACUAGCCAAUUACCUGUCAUAAGCAGUUUGGAUGAGCUAUUUAUCUCAUGCUGAUGCGGUGUACAUUAUUAAUUCUCACAAUGAGGGUAAAUCCUUUACUGAAUUUAUUACUCCACUACCUUUAUAGAACUUAAAGUGCUUUGGGUUAGGGAUGUAAAAAUCCUCUGAGCUAUUUGUUGAGAAAGUCCUGAGCCUUUGGCCUUAUGAUUCAGUGUGUUUACAGAGCUGCCAGGAAGAAAAAACUGGCCUCAAUGUUAUUAAGCUAAAUGUCAAUCAGUGUAAUGACCGAGCUGCCUCCUAAGGCAUCCGGAUGAGAGCUUUGACAAGUUCCUCCUCUCUUUCUGUUUCUCUCUCUCUCUCUCUCUCUCUCUCUCUCUCUCUCUCUCUCUCUCUCUCUCUCUUUCUCAUUCUGUCUUUUUCUCUCUGCAGUGUGCUUUAAUAGGGUGUGUCUGAUGUGGUGCAGAUCGUUCAACAGUAUUUCCUAAUUACAGAAAUGAACUAUUCAUUCAAAUGAUGUGAAUUCACUGUUGUGCACAAGCUAUCAGUGCAUUAUUGAUUUCGCAAAUGCUCUGGUGCAAAGCUGUGAUUUGCUUAACUACAUGUUUUUAGAUCCAGCUCACAUAAACAAGAAAUGUGUCUAUGGUGUGCAAAAGAUAUGAAUUGCCAUUUCAGUGCCUGUUUUUAUUUCAUUUUACUACCUGCUAUUGAUUUAUAGUCUGUAUAGUUGAGAUCGCUCUGUUUGAAACUGUCAUUAGAGGCAGUUAUUGCCACAGCACAUUAAGCUCUAGUGUCAGGAAUUACUAUAGUCAUUACAAUGCACAUUGUGUGUGUGUGUGUGUGUGUGUGUGUGUGUGUGUGUGUGUGUGUGUGUUUAGUAUAUUAGGUACUUAAUACUGAGACACAUUUCAGAGAGA